GUUCAUUCAUUCGUUGCCGUGUGAGUGUGCACGCACGUUGCUGUCACGACUUGAGCGAGUUCGUCAUUGAAAAAGUCUUAAUUGUGGUGAGCGAACGUUACGCUAUAAUUAUAUAUUUUUUUCUAAAAUACAAAAUCAACCAUGGGUAUCCCUGCUGGAAACGCUGAGAAUGGCAAGAAAAUCUUUGUUCAAAGAUGUGCCCAGUGCCACACUGUUGAAGCUGGCGGCAAACACAAAGUAGGUCCCAACCUCCACGGUAUCUGGAACCGCAAGACUGGCCAAGCUGCUGGUUUCUCAUACACAGAUGCCAACAAGUCCAAAGGUAUCUCAUGGAAUGAGGACACCCUCUUCGAGUACCUGGAGAACCCCAAGAAAUACAUCCCUGGCACCAAGAUGGUGUUCGCCGGUUUGAAGAAGCCCAAUGAGCGCGCGGAUCUCAUCGCUUACCUAAGAGAAGCCACAAAGUAGAUUUUUGAAAAUUUAGGAAAAAUCGUUCAAAAUAAGGAACAUUUUCCAUAUUAAUCAUGGAAUAUAUUUCUUAUUUAAUAGCCCAAUCAGUAUCAUCAAUUGUAUUCUGCAAUAAUUAAGUUGCGUGAUACACUUAGUAUAUAGUUCACAUGUCAUAUUCUUAGCUGUUCUACAAUUAUGUGAGUACAAGUUACAGUGUGCAGUAUAUUACAUUGAGUAUACUCUCUUGAAAUGUUGUGAGUGACUUUACUGUUAUUAAAUUAUUAACGAGAUUCCCCCUAAAGCUUUUCAUUUGUGAAUGUUUCUACACAACUCAUUAUUUAUUUCUUCUGUAUCAGCUAAAUUCCAGUGUUAAUUAUUAAUUUCGGAUAAUUGUUACCAAUUAUUACUUAGUGGUUAAAUGAAAUUAUUUAAUAAAUAAUUUUAAUUUA